UAUUAACCUCAAAUCCAAACAAAGCAUGACUGGAUUUCCUGCAAUUAUUGCUGUAAUCUGCCUCUGUGGUAUUAGAGGAAUUUCCUCUCAGACAACCUGUGAUGAUGUAGAUACCACUGUGUGUCAGAAGUUUCAGGACAAACGAGAUAUCUGUGUGGAUCCAUGUCUGUCUAAACUAUGUCCCAGAACAUGCGGAACAUGUCCAUUAAAAUGCUACAAAUGUGAUUCUGUAUCUAACGUGAAUGACUGCAAUGCUACAAUGGAGUGUCCUUCCAACAGUAUGUGCAUCGUUAGCGAGUCCUUGGGAGCAGACUUUUCUAUGACUUAUCGAUUGGGGUGUGCAGCCAAUGAUGUUUGUUCGCGAUUAUUUGGAUCAACUCCAACUGGAUCCUCCCUGAUUAUUGGAAAGAGGGCACCAAAAAAGAGAGCAAAUUUGAAUGGUGAUUGCUGCAACACAGACCUGUGUAAUAGACACUCGCCUUCACCUCCAAGGAUUAGGCGACAAGCCCCAAACGUAACUACAACAAUGGAAAUGAUGACAACUACUGUAAUGAUGACAUCAUCAACAGAAGCUACCAAUUCAAAAUGUAUGGAUAUUGACACAUCAGCUUGCCAGAGGCUGUCUAGUCUCAAUAAAGCCAUGUGUAGUGACCCUUGUGUGGUACAGGUUUGUCCAAGGACGUGUGGACAAUGUUCGGAAUGUUAUUGGUGUGACCAUGUAAAGAAUCCUGAACAAUGUAAUACGACCACACAAUGUGAAAGAGAAGAGACAUGCUAUGUAUUGGAGACUCUAUCAUACAAUGGAGAACAUACCUACAACGUUGGAUGUAUGCACCAGAAGGUUUGCAAUCAGUUCCACUCCCAAGCUAGUCAUGUCUUUGGUAAGAGAGCAGAUCCAGUUGAGCUGUCGCUAGAUGGCGAUUGUUGUUCAGGUGAUCUCUGUAACCAUCACGCUCUUACCCACGUGACUGCUACUACUACGACUGCUCCUACAAAUAUGUGUGCAUACACAGCCGCUAAUCAUCACUGCCCCACAAACUUCCAUCUUGUGGACGGUAAAUGUUAUAUGAUUGGGAGUACCUCUCUCCGAUACGAUGAUGCUAUGAACUUUUGCAAGACACACUGUUCCAAACUGGCUGAGAACCUUUCUCAUGGAGAUUACGGAGCACUUGAACAUUUUGUAAGUGGAAGGAGCCACGUAUACAUUGGGGCUCGUGAUCCACACAGAAAUGGCGAAUUUGUCUGGAACACCAGUGGUAGGCAUGCAGGUAGCUUAAACUAUCUUGGAGCCAUAUUAGGAUUACACAAUCCCAAACCAUGCGCAAGUUACUCUCCAGUUCGCCCUGGUCUCCAUGCUGAAGACUGUUCCAAUUCCCUCAGACCCUUAUGUCAAGCUCCAAUGAAAUAA